AAAUGUCAGAUUUGGGAUGCUCAUCUAAAAGAAACUUCCGUCUUUUCAGUCAAUAAUUCAUCUCUUCCUUAGCACCACCAAGAAGACUUGGCCGAACAGCUCUUCUUUUAUAAGUAAUUAAAAAAUCGAUCAAACCCAAAAAUAUUUCAAAACAUAGGGGGAGAACUGAAGAACACAUAUACACAGAAAAAGAAAUGGGUUCUCAAAAGCAAGGGUUGAUGUGGUUAACAGGGCUCUUGUUCCUGAAUAUCCUUGUGUUAUCCUGUGCUGAUGUCCAGUACUACGAAUUCUUUUUGCAAGAAUCCCAGAUUACAAAGCUGUGUAGCACGAAGAACACCUUGACCCUAAAUGGCAGCUUUCCAGGGCCUGAGAUUCGGGCUCGUAGAGGGGACACAGUUUUUGUCAAUGUCCACAAUCAAGCAAACAGCUCUGUUUCCAUCACUUGGGAGGGCAUUGAGGAUUCAAACAAUGGUUCAAAUCAAUUAAUCCAGCCAGGCAGAAACUUCACUUACCAGAUUGACUUAGACGACGAGAUAGGGACUCUCUGGUGGCACGCUACCAGUGCAUGGGCUAGCGCCACCGUCCACGGCGCCUUUGUGGUUUUGCCGGCAGCAAAUGAAGACUACCCUUUCCCUACACCCGAUUCCGAUAAAACAAUCAUAAUCGGAGAAUGGUUCAGGCAAGAGCUAACGGAAGCCAAUCAAACCAUAGCUCCUGGCCAAGCCGAUGCUUACACGAUCGAUGGCCAUACUGGAGAAACAACUGGAUGCAGCAGCAACGAUACAACGUUCGAGUAUGAAGUAGAUUACCAGAGUCUUUACAUUGUCCGCAUAAUAAAUGCUGUAAACGAAACAAUGGAGUUCGGUGUCGCAUCCCACAGCCUCACCAUUAUUGGACAAAGAGGGGCAUACAGCAGACGUUCCUUUACAAAUUCGCUAACCCUGGCCCCGCACCAAGUGACUGAUGUCUUGAUGUGUGCGGACCAAAAUCUGGGCCAUUAUUACAUCACUGCUCGUCCUGCCUCCGACGCCAAUCGAUCUACCGCUGGAAUUCUACGAUAUGCCACCACUAGUCUUUGAUUUUAGUUAUACGGUUUCCGAUGCUUAGGGUUUGAUUAAUAUGGUUGAUGUUAAAAUAAGCGAUGAACGUGUGGAAUUAAGUUUUGUUUUUAAUUAUAAUAUGCUCUAUAUUCCUUGAGA